AUGGUGGGAGUGAAAGGAAGCACAAACGGAUGCACAAAGGUUCCUCCAGAAGUUCAACACACAAUGAGAAAAUCACUGAAAGAAAAUGAGGAAAAAGCAAAACAGAAGCGAGGAGUGAAUAUGCAACUUCACGAUGUUGAUGAUGGUGAAGUUAAUUCUAGGUUCUAUCAGCCUAUGAUCAGCAAAAUUGCAAGCAUGGGUCAUGGUUAUGUAGGGCCUUCUUAUCAUGCUUUAAGGGUUGGUUUACUACGUGAUGCAAAGCUGCAAGUUUCUUUGAUUAUCGACUCUUUAAGGAGUACAUGGGCUGAUAGUGGUUGUACUUUGAUGGGAGAUGGAUGGAAAGAUACUAGGCAAAGGCCAUUGAUUAAUUUUUUGGUCUACUGUCCUAAGGGGAUAACUUUCAUCAAGUCUGUUGAUGCUUCAGGAAUAUGUACAAAUGAAGAGAAUUUGUGCAACCUAUUUGCGGAGAUUGUGGACAUGAUUGGACCCCAAAAUGUGGUCCAUAUGGUGACAGAUAGCGCACCUAACUACAAAGCUGCUGGUGGUAGGCUUGUAGAAAGAUAUCCUACCAUAUACUGGUCACCGUGUGCUGCUCACUGCAUUAACUUGAUAUUAGAAGAUGUGGGAAAGCUGCCUCAUGUGCAUAAUUUAACCAGCAAUGCAUCAAAGAUCACUGUGUUUGUGUAUAACCAUAAGCAUAUUUUGAACUGGUUGAGAAACAGGCCGGAUUGGAGAGAGAUAAUUCGCCCUGGGGAAACUCGGUUUGCUACAAGUUUCAUAGCUUUACAAAGUUUACAUGCCCAUAAAGAUAUUUUGCAGAGUAUGGUUGUUGAUGAGGAGUUCAGAAAAAUCUCAAGAUCUGAGAAAGCAAAACUUGUGAAACAGCUUAUCUUUAAUGAAGACUUUUGGAAGGAGUGCUUUAUGAUUGUGCAGAUUAUGACUCCGUUGAUCCGUUUGUUGCGUAUUUGUGAUGCUGAUGAGAAACCAUCGUUGCCUUAUGUAUAUGAAGGGAUGUAUAGGGCACGGCUAGGCAUCAAAAAUAUAUUCAAGAAAGAAAAGCCUCUUUAUAGGUCUUAUACGAGGAUCAUUGACAAUAGGUGGGAUAGGAUGUUGCGUAGUGAUAUCUAUGCUGCAGCUUAUUUUUUGAAUCCAGCCUUCUUGUAUGACCAAAAGAACUUCUGCGAUAAAGCCGAGAUUACAAGAGGAGUGCUAAAUCUGAUUGAGAAGCAGAAGGGCAGUCUAAGUGAAACAAAGUUGGUAUCAACCUUUCGUUGCUAUAGAGAUCGAGAAAUGGCACUUACUUGUAGCAAAACGACUCGACCCGAUGAAUGGUGGAAACUAUUUGGUUGUGAUAUUCCUGAUUUGCAAAAGCUUGCAAUCCGAAUCCUUAGUCAAACAGCUUCUUCAUCGGGAUGCUCGUAUGAGACAAAAAGAUCAAAUGAUCCCGUUGAUUAUGAGUCAAUUGAUAAAACUGAGUUUUGGAUUGUGGAAGAAGAAGGAGGAGAACUUGAUUUUUCUGAAUUAGAAGAUAAACUUCUUUGA